GGUAGGGGAGCUGCUGGGGAGAGCGGAGGACCCGUGUGGACCACAGCUUGCUGUAGCAGCGGCUGAGAGGGGGGGGGGACGGACACGCACCAGCCGGACACAGACUCUGAAACACACCUACCCACAACACACACGCGCGCCUCUCUCAGCCUUUUCAGCAGCAUCAACACACAUUUCACUGACGGGGUGGAGGAAACAACAGUCGGGUUGCAGAAAACGGUUGAAAUAUCCGUUGAAGACAAACAGCAGCUGAGAAUAAAUCCUCGGAGGUUCAGACUUCUUCACGCUGUCUACAACCUUCACCUCUGUUGGACCUAGGGGAAAAGGUUUGCACCGUGCCACUGACACACCUGAGCAUGGACAGGAAUAGGAAGUGGGUGCCAGGCUUCGGAGCUGUGCUGCUGACACUCCUAAGUCACAUGACUUCAGCACUUGAAGUGCCUCUUGAUCCUAAAGUACUGGAAGGAUUGCCACAGCCCCCUACUAUAAUAUUACAGUCCCCAAAGGAUUACAUCUUUGAUCCACGCGAGAACAUUGUCAUCCACUGUGAAGCCAAGGGGAAGCCUCAUCCCAGCUUCUCCUGGACAAGAAACGGGACUCACUUUGAUGUGGAGAAAGACUCCAAAGUUUUAAUGAAGCCCGGUUCAGGAACUCUGGUCAUUGAUAUCAGCAGCGAAAGGGCUGAAGCUUAUGAGGGAACUUACCAAUGCAUAGCUAACAAUGAGCAUGGCACUGCCGUAUCUGACAGCAUUGUCAUCAGGCAGUCCAGGUCCCCCUUAUGGUCAAAGGAGAGAAAUGAGGCCAUCAUGGUGCAGAAGGGGGUCUCCCUUGUGCUGCAAUGUCGACCCCCUGCUGGGCUGCCCCCUCCUGUCAUCUUCUGGAUGGAUAAUAACUUUCAGAAGCUACCACUGGAUAAACGAGUGUCCCAGGCCCUGAAUGGAGACUUGUACUUUUCCAAUGUUCUCCCAGAAGACACCAGGAGUGACUACAUUUGUUACGCUCGCUUUCCUCAUACACAAACCAUCCAGCAGAAACAGCCGAUUUCAGUCACUGUCCUGGACAUGGAAACAAUGAAUGAGACUCUGGCUGCUUUAUACAAUAUCACUGAUUUCUAUAGUGGUGACCCAGAGGGCGAGCGGCGUCCUGGUUUUAUGCUGCCUCUCGGCACCACCAGCACCAAGAUGGUCCUGAGAGGGCAGACUCUGGAGCUAGAAUGCAUCGCUGAGGGCUUGCCGACUCCAGAUAUCUCGUGGCAGAAAGAAGGAGGAGAGCUACCAAGCAACAGAGUGUCCUACCAGAACUUCAAGAAAACACUGAAGAUUUCUGAUGUGAAUGAAAAUGAUGCUGGCAACUACCGCUGCGUAGCCACAAAUAACUUGGGCACUGUACACCAUACCAUCAAGGUCACUGUCAAAGCGGCUCCUUUCUGGGUCAGCAUUCCCAGGAACCUGAUCCUCGCCCCUAAUGAAACUGGCGUGUUGACUUGUCGAGUCAAUGGAGAACCCAAACCAAGGAUAGACUGGUUUGUCAAUGGAAUUCCCAUAGAGAACACUCCUGUGGACCCCAGCCGCAAGGUGGAAGACGACACUGUGAUUCUCAGCAACGUGCAGUCAGGGUCCAGCUCUGUCUACCAGUGUAAUGCUUCCAAUGAAUUCGGCUACCUCCUGGCGAAUGCUUUUGUCAGUGUUCUUGCUGAACCACCAAGGGUCCUCACUCCACCUAACCAAGUGUACCAGGUCAUCACCAACAGCCCUGCAUUACUACACUGUGCUUCCUUUGGCUCGCCUAUUCCAACCAUCACAUGGUUCAAAGACAGUCAGAUCAGCAUUAAGAAUACUGACCCAUAUGUAAUCCAUGAGAAUGGUACUCUGGAAAUAAAUGUAGCCCAGCCGCUAAAUAGCGGAAAGUACACCUGCAUUGCCACAAACAACCUUGGGAUCAAGGAGAACCAUGUCUUUCUGGAAGUUAAAGAGCCCACUCGUAUCCUGAAGCAGCCAGAGUACAAGGUGGUGCAGAGAGGAAUGAGCGCUGUCUUUGAGUGUAAAGUCAAGCAUGACCCUUCCCUAAUUCCCACCAUGACCUGGCUCAAAGACAGAGGAGAGUUGCCUGAUGAUGAGAGGUUCGAGGUGGACACUGAUAGUCUGACCAUCAGAGACGUGACUGAUGAUGAUAAGGGGACUUAUACUUGCAUCAUGAACACCACCCUCGAUCAGGACUCAGCCAGUGCCAUGCUGACUGUUGUCGAGGCGACUCCUACUCCUGCAAUUGUCUACGAGAAACCUGACCCUCCGACUGACCUGGAGCUGACAGACCAAACAGAGAGGAGUGUCCAGCUCACCUGGACCCCAGGAGAUGAAAACAACAGUCCUAUAGAAAAAUUUCUGAUCCAGUAUGAGGAUCUUCUCCACCAGCCAGGAGUUUGGACAAACCUGACAGAGGUUCCUGGUACUAGCACCACAGCACAGCUGCACCUCUCUCCAUACGUGUACUACUCCUUCAGAGCGCUGGCUAAAAAUCGUGUCGGCUAUAGUGAGCCGAGCCAGUCCUCACGUCAAUAUAGGACCAACCCUGCAGCUCCUGAUGAAAACCCGUCAGGUGUUCAGGGAGUAGGAACCGAGCCAGGCAACUUGGUCAUCUCCUGGACACCACUCACAGGACUCCAGUCCAAUGGGCCCGGUCUGGAAUAUAAAGUGCAGUGGAGACAGAAGGAUCUUGAGAAGGAGUGGUCAGCACAGAAUGUGGCCAAUGUAUCCCAGUGGGUUGUGUCUGGAACUCCAACCUAUGUGCCCUAUGAAAUCAAAGUUCAAGCUUUCAACAAUUAUGGUGUCGGGCCAGAACCUGAAGUGGCGUUUGGAUACUCUGGAGAAGACUUGCCUUUGUCUGCUCCAGAGAGUGUGCAGGUCAUGGUUCAUAACAGCACACUGGCAGAAGUACACUGGGAGCCCAUAUCACCGCCCUCUGUCAGAGGAAAACUACAGGGAUACAAGGUAUACUACAGGCGAAAGCAUGGUUUGCAUGAGACAGAAGAGGAGACUGAUGAGGAAAUGCAAGUUUUGACUUUCAGUGGAAACCGAAGUGAGGGACGAUUGCCAGGCCUCCAGCCUUACAGUGUCUAUAGUCUCUCUAUCAGAGUCCUUAAUAACAAAGGAGAAGGGCCUUCUAGCCAAAGCAAGACAUUUGAGACACCUGAGGGAGUCCCAGGGCCUCCUUCUUUUCUCAGUGUAAUCAACCCUGGUUUGGACUCUCUCACUCUGGAAUGGGGCCCACCAAUUAACAACAAUGGACGUCUCACUGGAUACAUUCUGAAAUACCAACCAGUCAACAAUACCAGUGAACUGGGACCAGUCCAGGUCAUGACCUUUCUAGCCAACGAGACCACCAUUACUCUGAGUAACCUGAACUCCAGCAUGCUCUACAAGUUUUACUUAAGUGCAAAGACGAACAAGGGCUCUGGCCCCAUCAUCACAGAGGAGGCUUUCACAGUCAUGCAUACAACUCGUACUCGGCCCACUGUAGAGGCAGGCAAAGGCCCCACAGAGCCCCCUCACCCAACUUCCCCCAUCACUCAGUCUCUGCAUUCCCCGUUUCACAAGGCGCCUCCUGUGGGUCGUGCUUUUGGCACAGUUAACACUUCUGUAUCAGAGGACAGUGCAGUGAUCAGUUGGGAAUACUUUGGACACCAUAAGAAUGUAUAUGUGGAGUAUAUUGUUGAGAACAGUAAAGAGGAGUGGAAAAAGGAGUUUGCAAACGGUUCACACUCACAUACAAUAAAAGGUUUAAAGCCAGGAACUUCCUAUAGGGUGAAAGUGAUAGCUAAAGAUGCAGCCGACCCGACAGUCCACAGCACAGACGAAAUGUUGGUUACGGUGCCAGCUGUAGCCAGCCGGCAGGUAGACAUCGCUACCCAGGGCUGGUUUAUUGGACUGAUGUGUGCCAUCGCUCUCCUCAUCUUGGUGCUUCUAAUAGUGUGUUUCAUCAAGAGAAACAAGGGUGGCAAAUAUCCAGUGAAAGAAAAAGAAGACGCUCACCAAGACCCAGAGAUCCAACCCAUGAAGGAGGAUGACGGAACAUUUGGAGAGUACAGUGACACUGAGGACCACAAGCCGCUGAAGGGUAGCCGGACGCCGUCCAACGGGACGGUGCGGCGUGACGAGAGCGACGACAGUCUGGUGGAUUACGGUGAAGGUGGGGACGGGCAGUUCAACGAGGACGGCUCCUUCAUCGGCCAGUACAGCGGCAAGAAAGAAAAAGACACGCACGAAGGCAACGAGAGCUCAGAGGCCCCGUCGCCUGUCAACGCCAUGAAUUCAUUUGUCUAACAAAGGGCCACGGCCUGGCUGCAACGCUCGCUUCAGCCACUCCCUUGUCACCCUGGCAAAUGUGACCAUCUCUGUGGUGACAGCUGCUAAGGUGACAGUUGUUGUGGACACCUACCUUAACCCCUUGGUGGUUCUCACUCCGGUGGCCAUGGCUAACUGUCACCAAGACUGCUGACACGACCUCAUCCCCACACCUGCCAGCCCCGGUCACACUGUGACCUCCACUCAUCAAGACGCACUCAACAUGGCAAAGACCGGCUCCACAUCACCCAUAACCAUUGAAAGAAGGUGUGAAAUGAGGGAAGGAGAGAGCAAACAAUACAGAAAAGCAAAAGGAAUGUACCCGAAGGGGUUUUUACCACUCAGACUGAGCACGAAUCUUUUAAGUGUGUUAGUGCCAUUUGAUAUCCUUUGCAAAAUAUACUAGAUAUGAAAUAUCAAAAAAGAUAUAUUUUAUCAAGCUACAGUACAUAACCAGAAGGCAGGCAAAACAAUGCAUCCAAUCCCAUUCAUAAACAUAUGCAUGGAGUAAAUUGUGAUCCUAAUAAGCGUUUUACCACACUCGUGUCAGUUGUUGCAGAGGUAAGCUGCGUGUUGAAACUGUAUUCCAUGCACGCCUACAAGCAGCUGGGUAUGUCUUUUAUUGUUUCCUUUUUUUAUCAGUCAGAAAAUGUCAAAUCACGUAUGAUAUAUAGAGGAAAAAAAGACAGCAGUGUCUUUGCAGAGACUGCUGUGAAAUGUGUGACUCCAAGUAGAAGCUAGCAUAGGUUUUUGAGACUGACCUUUUUUGUACAUAUGUGGUAGAAGAAGAAGAAAGCUAUAUUUUAAGGACAGGUACGUCUAUUUGCAAUCAUUAAAAACCUGGCUAGACAUUAGAUAAGCUCAGCUUUCAGCCACUUAUCACACCAGCCAGCUAGCCAGACCUCCCACACUUAACUGCAGUCGGCCUCCCAUUUUUUUUCUUUUUUGCAGUCUUUUGUGUUUGUCCCAAGCCUGCGCUUCUUCUCACUGAUCUCUUAAGUGGUGAUUGAUCCAGUGUCAUUGCCAGGUGCUUCCACCUCGAGUUGUGGCCCCCUGCGCAGGCCUCUGUUUUACGUGGACAGAGCUAACCGCUACCCCAGCACUGCUUCCAAUAGCAUUCCUUCUUGCAUAUGUGCUGUGCAUACUGUGCUGCAAAUAUGUCGCAUUUAGAGAAAGGUUCACCGAGAGAUGGUGCAGCGGUGUCUGGAUGUUUGGAUGUUAAUGAUUGAGAAGCUCUCAGCACGGUUUCUAGUGCCUUUGUAGUGAACGGCAACCUGAUUCAUAGUGACAUCCUUCCUUCAUACACGAGACAGACCAGAGCUCAGAGCAGUUCAAGAAGUCUACAGCUGCGAUGCAUUCAGAAUACCACCCGACCUUACCUUAAUAACAGCUUUAAAAGCUACGCGAGUGUUCAACACCGCAAAGAAAUGCGCUUCAGGAUUUAGCUGAUAAUAAAGUUGUUCAUAGGGGAACAUUAAAACUAAGACCAUUUUAUCAGCUGUAAUGCCACUAAAUAUCGUAAAUAUGUGGGCUAGUUAUUUAAAAAAAAUAGCCUCUUUCAUUUUGGAGUCCAGGGUUCCUACACAGUGCUAUAAACGUGACUUGAUUUGAACAAUUUUGAUGUUACACAGUGGCAUUUGUUGUGAGGGGUCGCUUCCACCUAUAGAUUGCUAUGCCCUUGUUGACAAUCAUAUUAUCCAGCUACCAUCAGCUCACAGUGUAUACGCAUCAUAUAAUCAUACCAUCCAGCUGUGAACACUCGAUAAUAAAAUGGGAAAAAUGUGUCAUGUGUCCAUUUCAAACUUCUCCCAACCUGUUGGGAGCACUAAACAACUGCCAACCUUCUCGCCAGGUAACCGCCAGUGGGAACCAGACUCAACAUCUGGAAUAGACUUACAUUUGCUGGUAGCGCUUAGAAACGACGCGGUCAUAAAAAUGAUACUGAAUGUGAAAACAGGUGUAUCUGUUCAUGUGAAUAUAUUGCUUGUUUCACUCCAAAUGGUAAAACACACUGGUGACUUCGGUUUAUGCAUUCAACCCUUAUGCUGUAUGUCGUCUCAGUCUGAGCGCAGUGAGUUUUAUAUUACUGUAAAAUGAAUGAAGCUUAAGUGUGAAUGUCCGGGUGCACGAGAGUGAGCGUGUGCACCACAUGCAUGCUACCGCGUUGCAGCGUGCCCAAUGUAUGCCGUUGCUUUCUGUUUCCAUUGGUACCAGUCUAUAAUUCCGAUGUGUGUCAAGCAGUCUGCUCCCACUCUCAACGGGACAUGCAAAACUUUCUUUCCUUUUCUUUUUCAGAGAACAUUUCCAUGUGUUGGGUUUAUCAUAACUUGCAUCAAGUUUUUAGGUUGCAACGUGUCAGCUUUCCACGUGUAGAUAUUUCUGUUGCAUUUUUGUAAAUAAUACUUUGAAUUGAGCACGUUGAGGUCAAAGGUGAGAGCUAGACCUCAGUCAGUUCAGUGUGAGAUGGGACUAUUUACAGUUAUCAUUCUUUUUCAUUUGGUGUGAAGUUAUUUUAUAUUUUAACCCGUCAGGUGACUUUGCAAAUGUUUAGCCGAUCAGGUAUCAAAGGAGAUUAUUUAACUUGUGACUGAGCUCUUGUGACACCUGUAUUGUUUCUGUUUUAGACAGUUCAUGCACAUUUUCUGUAUUUUUUACAAAUAAAUUACAAAAAAAAAGGCACACAGUUAAAUAGGCUAUAUCAUUUAAAAUAAACACAUGCAUCUAUUUUGGGACAACACCGUGUGGGUGGAUGUAGCUCGCACAAGAAAUAUUGUCCUAAACUAGACAUCAGUUAAAAAUGAUAUCCUUUUAAAGCGUGUGCAUGCAAAAAGAAGACGAAAAACCCCACAAUUAAUAUUAAUUGGGAGCAUAUGGAAAUAUGGUCAGCAUGGAUUUAUAACCGAACUGGCAAAUUGGAGUGUGAAUACACCAGAAACAAUGUUCUAGUUACUGGUUAACAUACAGUAGGAUACACAGUAUAUGAUAUGACAUUCUGGUUAAUGUUAACGCUACACGAGAAGCAUGAAAGGCUGUCAAAAUGGUUUACUCUACGAUAUAAUAUUGCAAAAUAUUUUGUAUUUUAAAUGAAGUUUAAAAAAAUGAAAUAAAUGUUGGUUUCAGGA